UCACUUCAAUCGAUAGAAGAAGGACGUGCAUUUCUGCUGCACUACUAUCUCAGUUGCGGUCGUGGGAUUCUUGGGCUGGACAGGCCAGAAAAUACACAAUGCAUUGGGAGCUUGAGAAACGCUAGUCGAAUGCUUGUACAGUGUUUCGAUAAACCGAUUGACAGCGAAGCCUCAGCGAUUGUCGAACCGCUGCAUCUGGUGGCCCAACACCGAGUUCGGUCCACAAGAGGAGUGGAAGAGAAGGCUGUAUAUUUGACACGCGAUGAUAAGGACUUAAUGGCCUGGAAGCUAGCAUACUUGCCCGUCGACGAUAUCAUCAGGCUUCCACUUCAUCACGACCUACUGCACUCUGAAGGCCCUGUGCCCAAAGACUUUGGCACUGGAAGACACUCAUAUCUGCCUUGGGAAUUUGCAGGUGGUGCUGACCAAGAUCCUUGACCAAGAUCCUUGA